ACCAGGUGUAAAAAAUGGUUCAGCACCUGACUUACCGCCAUAGGUUGUCCUACAACACAGCUUCCAACAAGACCAGACUGUCCCAAACACCCGGGAACAGGAUUGUUUACCUUUACACCAAGAAAGCGGGGAAGGCUCCCAAGUCAGCAUGUGGUGUCUGUCCAGGAAGACUUUGUGGUGUUCGUGCUGUGCAUCCCAAAGCUCUUGUGAGGCUGUCAAAAAAGAAGAAGCAUGUUAGCAGGGUCUGUGGUGGUUCUAUGUGUGUGAAGUGUGUCUGCAACAGAAUCAAAAGAGCUUUUCUUAUUGAAGAGCAGAAGAUUGUUGUGAACGUGUUGAAGGCAGAGGCACAGAGCCAAAAGUCAAAGUGA